GAUGUAUCCAUCUAUUAUUAGUGCAUUUUACUCUUAAAUUAUAUACAUGUAGAUCUAUAUUUUUAGCCUUAUAAAGAUUCGGUAGCCCUAUUUGUUGAAGUUUAAGAUAACAUAACUAAUUUCCUAAACUUGGCACACCCCCCACGAACCCUGUUUACUUAAUGAUUAUAGCGUCCUUGUGUUCCGUCCCUUGUUUGUUAUACAGCAAAUAUUUUUCCAAUACCCGUCCACCAUGGCGAUCGAAGUUAUUCAAAGGGCGAUUUUACAUUUCGAUUGGAACUCCGGUUUGUUAGGAAUACUUUUAUUCUUUCUUAUCUGUGUGUUAUUUUGGAGACGUAGGAAAUCUCAACUUAACUUUCCUCCGGGUCCGCUUGGAUUGCCGUAUAUUGGAAAUCUUUUGGCUUUAGCAGGCGAGGCCCCUCACGAGACUCUGAUGAAGAUAUCUAACAAAUAUGGCAGUGUGUUUGGAUUAAAGUUAGGUGUCUUUCCCGUUGUGGUUUUAAGUGAUUACAAGAGCAUCAAAGAGGCUUUUGUAAAAUCUGGAGAUAAAUUUAGUGACAGACCAAGAAUGGUAAUGUUUGAUGGAAUCAGUAAAGGACGAGGUGUGAUUGGAGCGUAUCACGAAAAGGGACAAAAAGAGCAGCGGCGUUUUGCUCUGUCCGCGCUUCGGAGCUUUGGUAUGGGGAAAAGGAGCUUCGAAGAAAAGAUCACCGAAGAAAUAGAAGUCUUCGUUGAGCACAUCAAGAACAACUUUUCCAGAGUUGCCUUUGAUCCCUCGCACAUCAUCAGUACAUCUGUUUCUAAUGUCACUUGUUCAAUCAUCUUUGGUCGUAGGUUCGACUACCGUGACAAAACAUUCAUGGAAAUGCUGAGGAUAAUGCACCGAAGUAUCGAACUCUCAACCAAUGCCAGUGCCAUGAAUUUCCUGCCUGUUUUGAAAUAUGUACCACAUACUGCUUUUGCAGAGCUCUGGAAAAAUUACCUGACUUUUAAAGAUUUCCAAAUAGGUAUUUUCAAUGAACAUUUAAAGGAAUACGAUCCAGAGAACCCACGAGAUUUUAUCGACAUAUACAGGACACAAAUCUCCAAGGAUAAAAGUGGAGUGACAUCUUUCGACGAGGCUAACAUGGCAUUCGUUACAGCAGAUUUAUUCGUCGCUGGGACAGAGACCACAGCAACUACACUACUCUGGGCACUGCUGUACAUGACACUGUAUCCAGACAUUCAACAGAAGGUACAGGAUGAACUGGAUAAAGUAGUAGGAGCAGGGAGUCACCCAACGAAAGAACAUAUUCAACGGCUUCCGUACACUGAAGCUGUGCUUCUGGAGAUUCAGAGAAUGGGUGCAAUCGUUCCUCUCGGAGUACCCCAUGCUGCAUCACUCGACACAAAAUUUCAUGGAUAUGAUGUAAAGAAAGGUACGAUUAUUAUAGCGAAUAUUUUUGCAGUAUUACGAGAUCCUGACCUUUGGGAAGAUCCGAACGUAUUCGAUCCGAAUCGAUUCCUAGAUGCUAACAAUCAAGUCGUUAGGCGUGAGGAACUGAUUCCGUUUUCGAUUGGUCGACGUGCGUGUCUGGGAGAACAAUUGGCUAAAAUGGAACUGUAUUUAUUCUUUACCAAUCUCAUGAUGCGUUUUAACUUCAGACGACCAGACAACGCACCAGAACCAAACUUGCGCGGCAAGACGGCAGCAACACGAAUACCUCACAGUUUUGAAAUAAAAGCAACAUCAAGGGUUGCAUAGUUACCUGGACCUAUUAACCUGGAAAUAGGGAUUCAGGGAUUCUAAUUAGAGGAGCUCAUUAGAGAUAGACAGGUUCCAAUCCCAAAAAUGAUGAUGCAAUUAUAGCCUAAUAGGCAUUUUUAGGUAGAAGCUCGAAUCCACUUGAUUUAGAAUAUUUUGACCAUGUUGAUUACGAAUCUGGUGGACCCAAAGCAAAAUUCUUCGAUCUAAUGGUCAAAAUGACCGAUUAUAUGCAAAAUUAUCCAUUGUUUGGGGAAAAAAUCUGUGUUUCGGUUACUAUAAAUCAUACAGAGUUCAUUUUGGUCAGUGGUGGCGCCAGAGGGGGGAUGGGGAAGCCCAGCCCCCCCCCCCCCCAUGUCGAGAAGGACGAGUAAAUUUUGUUGGGGAAUAAACAAAUAAAAAAAAAAGAUUUACUUUUAUUAAACUACUGUAUUUGUGUUAACUUUUCAUCACAAUAUAAUAAUAAUAAUAAUAAUAAUAAUAAUA